AUGGGUAGCAAAGGAGUCCGCCCGAUAGUAUUCCUGGCCCUGCUGGCUUUGGCUGGAGCGGCCCAGCUUGACGAUGUAAACCCCUUCCUGGUCGGUGGCGUGCCGGCCGCGAUGGGACAGUUCCCGGCGCAGGUCGCCGUGCACAUCGGUGCCGCGUCGUUCUGCGGUGGUUCGAUUCUGAACCAAAACCACGUCCUCACGGCGGCGAGCUGUGUGCUGGACGCGAACAACAACCUGGUGCCCGCAAACACGGUCACGGUACGUGCCGGUGUGCUGCUGAUCGACGCCAGCGCACCUGUUCUAGCGGUGCAGAGGAUUUUCCCCCAUCAGCAGUACAACCCGUGGACCCGCGAGAACGAUAUCGCCGUCCUGCGGAUGUUAAAUAACUUCAACUUCCCGCUGGUGGCGCAACCCAACAUGGCGCCGGCAGAGAUGAACCAUCACAUAGUGCGACAGGCGGCCAUCUGCCAUGUGGUGGGCUGGAACUGGCAGCAGGGUGGCCCCAACGUGGCGCUGCAGGUACUCCCGGUGGUGUUCGCCAAUCGGGAAGAAUGCAACGUUGUCCACAACGGUGUUCUGCGUGACUCGAUGGCCUGUACCGCGUACCAGCAGCCCCAGGGUACUCAGGGAGUGUGCGCCCCAAAUCGAGGCGGCGGUCUGUACUGUGACAACCUGCUCACCGGUGUUAUCUCGUUCGGGUUUGGCUGCGGUCAGAACAACUCGAUGACGGUGCACACGCAGGUUCGCUACUACAACCACUGGGUUCAGCAGCAGUUCAUCCGGACCGACACACCGCCGGCUGGACCAACGCCACUUCCGGGACUCGGUGGCACCGGACAGGGAGGUGAUGCUAGCAGCUUUUCCCUCUCCCUUGCGGCCGCCCUGUUCGCGGCGGUGUGUGCCCUGUUCCUUAACUAG